GGCCUAAGAAAAACUAGUGGUGGUCACUUGGACGAGACUUCCAAUAAAUCUUGAAUCGCGUGCUUCCAUGUACUCUCCAUUUUUUCAGAGACGAAACUACCCUUCCCUAACCGCUUUUAUUUUCUACUACUAUAUUCUAUAUCCUUUCUUUUUCCUAAAUAAAUAAAGACGUAUUAACUGUUCUGUGUCAAAUUUGUCCGAGUGGUGAAGUCAGUGCUCAACUCAAUAGAUUCCUCGCCGGACUCCGGGAAUAAACCGCCGCCGGCGACGAUCAAUUUCUUCAUAGGAUAUCUAUGUAGUUAAAAUUCAUUGAAUUAUCUCUAGCAGUAGUAGUAUUACGUCCGAGAUAUGGAUAGGCAAAACCUAGCUUCGUCGUCCUCUUCCCGUGGUGGUGCCACCGCCGCCGUCCAUCCUCCGCCACAACAAGAUGCUUGGAUCAAUACCUACCGGAAUUUACAUCCUCAGUGGCAGUCUAUUCCUCCACCGCACCAGUUGGCCAUUCCAAUUUCAAUAUCCAGAGUUAAUCAGGUAGAUGCGGGCAGGCUGGACAUUGAAAUGUCAGCCAUGCUAAAAGAGCAAUUGGUUAAGGUCUUCUCUUUAAUGAAGCCAGGAAUGUUAUUUCAAUAUGAACCAGAACUUGAUGCUUUCCUUGAGUUUCUAAUCUGGCGAUUUUCUAUCUGGGUUGAUAAGCCUACUCCUGGUAAUGCUCUCAUGAAUCUGAGAUACAGAGAUGAACGUGCAAGCGAGAUUAGAGGAAAAGUGCGGACUGGAUUAGAAGGACCCGGACUUACUGUUGCUCAAAAGUUAUGGUACUGUGUUGCAACAGUUGGUGGUCAAUAUAUAUGGGCCCGUCUACAAUCAUUUUCUGCUUUUCGGAGAUGGGGCGACUCUGAGCAGAGGUCUUUGGCACGUGGAGUGUGGUUAUUAAUGCAACGGAUGGAGGGGAUAUAUAAAGCAGCAUCUUUUAGCAAUUUACUUCUCUUUCUUUACACAGGAAGGUACAGAAAUCUUAUUGAAAGAGCUUUAAGAGCUAGACUUGUUUAUGGGAGCCCAAAUAUGAACAGAGCUGUGAGCUUCGAGUACAUGAAUCGUCAAUUGGUGUGGAAUGAGUUCUCGGAAUUGCUGCUCUUGCUUCUUCCCCUUCUCAAUUCAGCAUCUGUCAAGAGUUUCCUUCGUCCAUUCUCAAAGGAUAAAUCUUCAGAUUCUUCAGUAGAUGAAACUUUAUGCCCCAUCUGCCAGGGAACCCCAUCGAUUCCAUUUGUAGCUGUCCCUUGUCAGCAUAGGUAUUGUUACUACUGUCUUCAAACAAGGUGCUCUGCAUCUCCAUCAUUUCGUUGUCCCAGAUGUGGCGAACCAGUUGCUGCUAUGCAACGGCAUGGUGGUGUAGUCAGCAACAUUCCUCAGAAACAAUGAUUGUUCUGCAAAGUAUAAUUGAAAUGAUAAAAAGGGGGGAGCUUAGUUGAACUAUAGAUCAAAAGUUGCUCAAAAGACAACUUGACAAUGGAACUAGGUAUCUAGAUUCCUUGAUAAAGCACAUUGUUCUGCUUUAUUGAGUGCUUUAAUUUUUUAGUAGUGUGGUUGUCCCUUUUCCAAUAUUUUAUAUCACAUUUGUUUAUUUAAUUGGAAGAUUUUCUCAAAUGUUGGAUCAGUCUACACGCAAUUAAUUCAAUUUUUGAUGAA